AUGACAAAAGAAGAAACAGAUGUGGACGUGUGUGUUGCUGCACCCGUGGCACUGAGCUUAGCGGCCACAAGGAAGGGAAUCCCCAAGCUAAGGUCAAAUGGUGGCCACAAAAAAGACCAAAAGUCCUCGGAGUUGAUCAGCUUGAGGCUCCAGCUCAUUAUGAAAAGUUUAAAGUACACGCAGACUCUGAAGAUGGUCAGACAAGGCGAAGUGAAGUUGGUCACCCUCGCCAACACCUGCCCAGCUUUGAGGCAAUCUGAAAUAGAGCACUCAGCCAUGUUUGCCAAAAAUACUGAUGUGGGCACAGCACGGGGAAAAUACUACAGACUGUGCACACUGGCUGUCACUGAUCCAGGGGACUCUGACACCAUCAGAAGCAUCCCAGGACGGACUGGUGAAAAGCAAAUCAUGAAAUUCUUUUCUUUAAUAAAAUUUGGCAACCCAGGUAUGAUUAUAAACUCAUGA